CGUACUUCGUACUCCGUAUUAUUCUUCAUAUUCAGCAAAGCGACUUUGAGCUGUUUCCUGUGAUGCAUGUCCGAGUCACCCGGUCUCAGACGCUUCCUUCCCUCCAACUUUUAGCACAUACUUUUGACUUUUGAAGUUUUUCAUCACACCAUUCUCCUAUUGCUUACAAUAUGUUCUUCAUCCAUCUGUGCUCUGUUUUCUUUAUAUGUUUUGACCCUGCUUCACUUGUGUGGGUGUGUAAAACCAAUCAGACCAUUCCACCUAAAAUUCCAUUCUUCCAUUAUGCACCCAAUUCGAAUUUACAGUGCUAUGAAGAAAAUUUUCUCAGAGAAGCUUUAAUCAGUUGAUUGAGGGGGAAAGGUGACAUUUUGGAUCAAUGGGUGCUUAUGGUUUUGCUGUUUUCUGCUUGAACUUAAAGUUGCUUGUGGGGAUUUUCUUCAUCUUGUCUGUUCAUUCUGAAGAUGGGACCAACCCGCAAGAUGUUGCUGCAAUUACUAGUUUACAUGCUGCUUUAGGAUAUCCUAAUCUACCAGGAUGGAUCCAAAAUGGCAGUCCAUGCAGUGGAGGUUGGCAAGGUGUUUCCUGUGAUCUCUCAAACAUAGUUUCAAUAAUAAUCAAUGGAGCAAAUUUGGGUGGUGAAUUGGGCACUGAUUUAGGAUCAUUUUCCUCUAUCAAAAUAAUAGAUCUAAGUAACAACCAUAUUGGAGGCGCAAUUCCAUCCAAGCUACCCCUCACAUUGGAAAAGCUGUUUCUUUCAGAUAACAAUUUUACCGGAAACAUUCCUGAUUCCUUAUCUUCACUGCCUAACCUCUUAGCUAUUUUAGGUCUCUAAAUAACAACCAUUUAAGCGGAAAAAUUCCUGAUUCCUUUGAAGGCCUUGUCCAUUUGGUCAACCUAGAUCUGUUCAACAAUAAUUUGAGUGGGAGAUUACCACCAUCACUUCGGAACCUGUCAUUGGUGACUCUUCAUUUGCAGAAUAAUCAGCUUUCUGGAACCCUGGAUGUUUUACAAGAUCUUCCACUUACAGAAUUAAAUAUAGAAAAUAACCAGUUUUCUGGUCCCAUACCUCAGAAGCUCUUGGCCAUUCCAAAUUUCAUGAAAGAUGGGAACCCCCUAAACGGUAGUAUUGCUCCUUCGCCUCCACCAACACCCUCCAUACCACCUUCUGCAUCUCCACCAACGCCCUCCAUACCACCUUCUGCAUCUCCACCAACGCCCUCCAUACCACCUUCUGCAUCUCCACCAACGCCCUCCAUACCAGCUUUUGCAUCUCCACCAACGCCCUCCAAACCACCUUCUGCAGCACCACACUUUAUUGUGGCUCCCAUGUCUGUGCCAGCCCAACCAAACACUGCAAGCGGGCCGGGAGUACAGACUUACGGACAAUCACCAGCUGAAGGUCCAAUGUCAAAUAAAAACAAGAGCUCAGGAUCCACUAAAAGGAUAGUUUGGAUUUCAAUUGUGUCUAUAAUAUCAUGUAUAGUAUUGGUUUUGGCAGCCUUGCUUUGUUUGCCGAAGCGCCUUUGGGAAAGGAAAGGCACACACGAUGUAGUGAAAAAAGCUCUUGAAGCGGUAGAAUCAAACGUAAAGGGCAAGUUAAGCAAGUUGGCUUCCCCUGUGAAGCCAUAUGCUCAGGUGCUGGAUGUACUUAAGCCAAUUCCAAGUGGAAGGCAUGAGACAAUCAUGAGCAUAUAUGAUAAAGAUGAGAUACCACCACCACCUCCUCCUCCCAUACCACAACCACCAAAGGAGGUUACAGGUGCACAACAAACCAUAGUAAAGCAUUCAAUGACACAACUGCCUCCGUCGUACUCAGUUGCAGAUCUUCAGCAAUAUACCAAUAGUUUUUCUGAAGAUAAUGUUAUUGGAGAGGGAACACUGGGAAAAGUGUUUAAGGCAGAGCUUCCUGAUGGCAGACUUCUUGCUGUGAAGAAACUUAAUAAGAGAGUCCGUGAUGGGCAAAAUGAUGAAGAAUUUCUGGCUCUAGUAAGCGACAUUGAUAGAAUACGCCAUGAUAAUGUUGUUCAGCUCGAUGGAUACUGUGCAGAGCAUGGCGAAAGACUGCUGGUCUAUGAGUAUUGCAGGGAAGGUACAUUGCACAAUGCACUCCACACACCUGAUAAAAAGCUUUCAUGGAAUAUGCGCAUCAAUUUGGCCCUUGGAGCCGCUAAGGCCUUGGAGUACCUACAUGAGACAUGUGACCCACCAGUUGUUCAUAGAAACUUCAAGUCUUCAAAUAUUCUCCUUGAUCAUAAUGAUGAUGGUGAUCUUGUUGUUCACAUCUCUGAUUGUGGGUUGGCUCCAUUGAUGUCAUCAGGGGAUGUCAGUCAGUUAUCAGGACAACUUCUUACAACAUAUGGGUAUAGUGCCCCUGAAUUCGAGUCGGGGAUUUAUACCUUAGAGAGUGAUGUGUACAGUUUUGGAGUUGUAAUGCUAGAGCUUUUAACCGGCAGAUUGUCAUAUGACAGGAGUCUGAGUGGUGGAGAGCAGUCCUUGGUGAGAUGGGCAUCCCCUCAGCUUUAUGAUAUUAAUGCCUUGAAAAUGAUGGUUGAUCCUUCUCUUAAGGGAGACUACAAUGAGAAAUCACUCUCAAACUUUGCGGACAUCAUCUCUAGCUGCGUCCAGAAGGGACCUGGGUUCAGGCCUCAAAUGUCUCACGUUGUACUAGACAUCAUCAAAAUGAUGGACCAAGACUUAAUUCUAAGAGCCGAAAGAUUAAAGGCCAGGACAUUGGAUGACUUGGAUUGUCAUAACAUGUCAACCAUGGCUUGACAAAAUCAAUGUUUCUAUAUCCUACCAAACAAACAAGACAUGGUAAAUGAGUAACCAAGUUACCAAACACCAAGCAAAUAUUAAGGCGGUGUCUUGAGGUACAUAUAUACAUAUACUCGACGGCUAUAGUUUUUGAACAUAAUUUGACAGAUUUGAACCCGAGACCUUUGGUAUUGACAUUCGUUUCCUGUUAAAAAUUAAGAUGAUAAUUGUGCGCUACACGCUUAUGUUCUA